GUUUUGCGUCAUUUCACGAUGGGUCUCUUUUGUGUGUCAUAACCAGUCUGCUAUUAUUUCUGCGAAAGUUACCCUCUAUAGCUCUGGAUGAGCAUUUUCUCCUGUGCUACGUACUUCAUAUGCGAGCGCUUUAUUUUUCCUUUAGCAGCAUUUGAGCUCUGUUUCUAUUUCUAUCAUAUCUUAUCCUAUUUUAUCUUGAUGUUUCUACUUCUUACCUCCCCCUCCAAUUCCCCUCUCAUCCAGUCUGUUGUAUGCGUUUCGUUCCAUUCCAAUGCCUCUCAACCCCUAUCUUACAUUGAUUAUUAUGUCUUAUGGGCCUCCACAGGUCUUAUCCUUAUGUGUACGACAGCAAUCGGAUUUGUUUCAUUUGCGCAUUGGUUCCCAUAUACUCCCUGGGCAGGCUUUUUGCGAAAAGUUCAUCUGAGAUUCCCCUUUCAUGAAGCAAUCCAAUCAAGUGUCUCGUUCUGAGGAUGUCGCGCUGUGCUUUCUGAUCGUUUUGUGGGCCUGUAUAACAUUCACCCGUUGCGGCGUCUUCGCCAUUUAUUCCUUCAAUUCUGUUCCCUGUGGAACAUACCGUUUUCGAUACAUGCUUUAAUGCUUUCUCUCUCUCGCGCGACGGUGUCAUAAACGAAUACCUCUGAUCUAUGUCGU